UGACUCUGCAGCUCCUCCGAUUGCCGCUAUUUGCAUCUCUGUGAUUGGCUCAUAGCGCUAGAGGCGGGGCUACCGCUGAAUUCAGCACCCCCUGUAUAAAUUCAUGUGGAGAGUCAAUGCUACCGCAGGACAAACAAAACAGUGCGGGCUGGUUGUUGUGUUAAACCAGCUCGGUGCAUGCUUUAGAAUACAUCAUAUUGUAAACACAAUCAUAAACCAAAAUACCGCAGCGGGUGCAUGCAGGUAGCACUAUUUCGUUCUGCUGUAGCCCUAAGCAAUAGGGUUGAGCAAUACUGCUGUUCAAUCGUCAGAAACAAAACAACGAGGCUGUAUCUAUUUGAAUGGGGAGACAGGGUAUCGAAGAUGGUACGAGAAUAGAAGACGUUCCAAAAAGGCAGCCAUACUGAGUACCUAUCGGAUUUCCAGCUCACAUUAUUUAAGGCCCUGACUGAAGAAAACAACAUGAGCUUCUCUACACUUAUGUCAAGAGGGACAGUUGACACCCUGGAGCAUUUGCAGUUGUUUACUGCCCAAAACUUGGAAAAAGUAGAGAUCAACAAAUACUAUGAAGUCAUCAGGGAAUUGGGAAAGGGUACUUAUGGAAAGGUGGACUUAGUGAUCCACAAACAGCAAGGCACAAAGAUGGCAUUAAAGUUCCUGCGAAAGAAGACCACAAAGCUGAAGACAUUCCUACAAGAGUACAGCAUCUCACUGCACCUAUCUGUGUGCCCAUACAUCAUUGGCAUGUUUGGAAUUGCAUUUGAAACUGAUGAAUAUUAUGUCUUUGCACAGGAAUAUGCAGUUGCCGGGGAUCUUUUCGAUAUUAUCCCACCACAGGUCGGACUUCCUGAACAGACUGCAAAAUAUUGCAUAUAUCAAGUUGCUUUAGCCCUAGACUAUCUUCACAGCAAAAAACUGGUCCAUCGUGAUAUUAAACCAGAAAAUAUCCUUAUUUUUGACAAGGAAUGCAGAAAAGUUAAACUCUCUGAUUUUGGAAUGACUCGUAGGGCAGGUACAGUCGAAAAACGUGUUAGCGGUACCAUCCCUUACACAGCCCCUGAGCUUUGUGACAUGUCACGGCAUGAAGGAUUCUGCGUAGAUUAUAGUAUAGACAUCUGGGCAUUUGGAGUGCUUUUGUUCUGCAUGCUCACCGGAAACUUCCCCUGGGAGAAAGCACUGCCUUCAGACACUUUCUAUGAUGAAUUUGUAAGAUGGCAGGAGUGUAGAAAUGUAACAGUACCAUCACAGUGGCGCAGGUUUACUUCUGACGUACUGAGAAUGUUUCGUAAGCUGCUGUAUAUCGAGCCCAAAAGAAGAUGUUCAGUCAAAGAAAUCUUUAGGUACAUGAACAAAACUUGGAUGAUUAAGAAGGAGAACGGGAAUCAUCUUGCAGAUGUGAGUUCAUCCUCUGAAGAAGACUUAGUAGUGAGAACAAAACAGCAGAGCCUUUCGCCAGUAAUUAACUCCGCAAAGAACAACAACAACAAUACAGAACCAUCAUCCUCUCAGUUUUCUGCUGUCUCAGUAGUUGGCCAGAUUUCAUCUUCCAGUGCAUAUGAAAGGGCACCUAAGGAGAACAAUGCAGGCCGGAUUGUGGUAGCAACUCCCAUUGAAAUUUGUGUCUAGGCAUUUACAGCUGAGCUUCACUCAUCUGUUUUAAUUUCCUCAUGAGAUGUAGGCUACCUUAGAAUUCCACAAAAUGCGGUGUUGCAUCAUCGUGGAGUGUCGCUUACUGACAUAGUUUCAGUUGGCAGUGAAUGAGACUUGGACGUUUUUUAUCUUGACACCUAAAGCACAGUCUUUACUAUCAAAGCUGAUGCUGUCUAAAGAGAAAAAGAGAGGUCGAUGCCUACCAUGUCUUUGGUUUGCCUGGACGAGUUUUGAGUUUAAGCAAUAUGUUGACUUGGAAAUAUUAAAAAACUGCUGCAAAAAGAAACAAUGAACACUGUGCAAGGAGUGGCCUUCCAAUCUGACUUUUUCCUCUUAUUUAAUAUUUGGAAUAUGAGACCUGGAUGGGGAAGGCCAUAAGGCUUUACAAGUAAAAGAAGGCAAAAAUGUUAUCAAGUUUGAAAUAUAAAGCCUGCUUCCAAAGAGUUUGUCCUGAUGUUGGCUAUAGUUAUUUUACUGCUAUAUUUGAUGAGCUAAUGAAUCUGUAGAUCAGUUGUUUUUCUGUGGUUGUAGCGUGUGUGUCAGGAUUAGUGAAUAUGUUGGUUUCUGAGCAGUUGUUAUGUGUAAUACAGUGUGAGAAUAUCCCAUAAUUGCAGUAUCUAGUACUGCAUAUUUAAUUUGUGUACUGGGGUUGUUCAUGUGUUCUAGUGUUUUCUUGUACUGUUAGACUUUUCCCUGUGACAGGGUAAACAAAUUCAGGUGUGUCUAUGUGGUAAUAUAGAUUCUAAAUUAUUUAUUACUAUGUAUUAACUUAUAUUACCAUAAACAAAUUAAUACUUAGACUGUACACAGUGCCAUAAAAUAGACUUUAAAACUGUAAACAAUUAAGUGAGAAGAUGUGUAUACUUAGAACAAUAUGCUGAUUUUAAGCAUUUUCAUUUUAGAUUUACAUAUCUUUAUUAUUACCUUUCUUUUAUCUUUAUCUGAUAGGAAUGGAAAACAUAAUGUUAGCAUGGCCCAACUGAAUUAUUAGACAAUGUAGAAAAAAACACCAGGAAUAAAACUAAUCAUUUAAUUAUAUUUUCAUUUUGUUAAUGACAGGGUUGAAAACUCUGAAGUGACUGUUAAACUUAAUUAUCUUUUAAAAAGGUAUGCCAGAAAUUUGACUCAUUUUAUACUAUAGAUAAACUUACUGUAAAUAUUCUUUGCACUUAGAUUUGCAUUCUUGACUAAAAAGAGUUGCAUUUCAUUCAGGUUUUCAAAGUGCUAAUUGAAGGUAUUGUUGACAAAAUUAAAUUAACCAGUACUGCAGCAUUUGAUUUAGAAACUUUAUUUAUAGGCAGUUUGUGAGCUUCCGCUAAAGCUCACCUGACACAUUAAAAAAUAUUAAAUGGCAUUUCCCUCAUUUGUAAACUAUAAAACAGAUACUUUAAAGGAACCUGAUACUCCCACAUUUAGACUGGAUCAUCAGUACAGUGCUUGCUGUCAGGAGAUGUUUCAGUCAUAUGUAAUGAAAGCAUCAUUUUGCAGAACAAUAGUCAACAGUUGCUUAUUAGUAACAAAGAGUUUUAUACAGUGUUACUUGCAUUCCAGAAAAUUCUUUAUUGGAAUGCUGGGUAGUUAGUGCUUCACAUUUUCCUGAGUAAUGUGAACCCAGACACAAAAAGCCAGCUCUUGCACUACAGCUGUAAGCUGUUGUUACAUUAUGCUACUUAUGUAAAAUACAGUUACUGGAACAUUCUUGUGUAGUUUCAUGAUGAAUGGGGCAACACCAUGGGUCUGACUGAUUAGUUUGUCUAUUGUAAAGUUACAUAAGAAGCAAAAUUAUGAAGUUUAUUACUUGCCUUUCUUACUAAAUUCAGACUGAAAACUUAACAUUGAAGUAUUUAAUGUUGUCAUUAAAUUAAGAUUUUAUUUUUUAAAGUAUAUUUUUAAUAAUUUAUAUUCUGCUUAUUUUAUGUGUGAAUGUUUCCAGCCAUUCACAUGGUCCUUUUGAAUAUACUAUUCAGUCAAAAAUACAUAACGUUGUUUUCUAAUUUAUUUUAGUAUUCUGAUAAAAUGUUCAAUGCAGCAGUUUUUUUCUUGCCAUUUUGCAUUUUACAUGCUUAAUAUUUAAUUAAUAUUUACUGAUGAAACAUGAAUAACUUACCUUAGUGUAGCUUCUACAACAUGUGCUCUCUAUAAAUUAUAAGAAGUUAAAAACACAAACACGCCCUUUCAAAUUUCCUGCAGGAAGAAGUAGAUGGCUUGAUCUGCAUCAGGCCUUAUAUUUUACAAGGAAGUUGCUGCUGUCAGUUCCAUAAAUACAGUUGAAUACACAAUAAUAGUUCUAACCAUCUACUGCAUUUUUUUGUGGGAGAAGGACAUGCUUAUUUUUGCUUCAUCAUUUUUUAUGGGCUUUUAUGGAUUACUGUCAAACAAUGAUUUAUUUUUUAAUUGUGUAAAAGAAAAUUCUAAGUAGUAUGAAUUUCCCCAGGCUCAGAUACUCUUCGCCAGGCAUAUAAUAUGUGAAAAACUAUGCUGAUGUACAACACAAUUAGAUUAUAGGCUAUGUAGAGGCACAUAAUAUGUGAACUUGCUGUGACCAGAUCAUUAUUUUUGCAAAUAAUUAUUUAAUUUAUACAGAAUAUGUAUAUAUUUGUAUUUUGUGUGUGUAUGUUUGUGAACAUACACUCAAGGUUAAGCAAUCAAGCAUUAAGUUAUUGAAUCACGGGUGCCAGAACAAAUAUCCCUGAAAAUGUAAAAUUAACCGAGCCAAAACUAAAAAUGUCACACUUGCACUGACUGCAGACAAUACAAAUAUAAAUUGGUAAGCUUUGCGUAAUUUACAACUGAACAAAAUUAAUAAUAUUAAAUUCUGUAGUAAAGCAAUCUUUUAUUGCACAGUUCUUAACAAUUAAUAAUACUUUAAUCUUGUAUUUGCAUGGGAAAGCCCCCUUCACCAGAUAUUGAGGGUUGUAACCUCACAUUCCCCUAAAUAUUUAAACUCAGUAGCCAUAGCAGCCUAGAGAAAGGGACAGCUCAAGAUUGCAUUGUUAACAAACCUUGCUGUUAUUUCCAAGUGACAUGACCAUCGAGCUUUGUAUUAAUGUGUUAAUGUGCCAGAUAUGUGUGCUUAAAAGUAUACAUAUAUUAAAGCUAAUACAGCUGCCAUUUGAUUCAUA